AUGGUACUUCAAACAAAGAAGAAGGUUUAUGGGUAUGGAAAGACUCCCGAGCGCCAAUUCUAUCUAUUGAUGGCCAUAUUAACAGCAUUGGGGGUUGGCCAGGGCGGCAACCCGACAAGAUAUAAUUCCUAUGCCCAAAAUGUUCGGGUCCAGGUCAUUCUUCAGAAUAGUCUGAAGAAGGUUCGGGCUUUACACAGGCCUCAUAGUAACAAGCUUCUAGGUUUCUACCAAGCUGAGGGGGCUGGAGGAGCUCUACCAUAUACUAACGAUUCGAAUUUCCAUAUAGAACCAAUAGAGGACCUUGGAACUGCGAUUGCAACAGAAACUGACGGAGAAGCUGCGGAUAGAAGUACUUCUUUAUGUGAAACUACACUUACUCACUUAGCUGUAGUGCGCUACCAUUCGUCUGGCGAAAAUGAUGACGAGACUGUCUCUCCAGGACAAGCUGAGGAGAUCAACCGGCAGGUCGAGCCAGUCCUUGACGAAAGCGUCAAGAGCAUCCUCAAUACCGAUAUUGAAGAUAUUCCUUUUGAGACACUCUUCGUGUGA